AUGCAAAAGCUCUUAACUAUUUUGGCCAUUGUUGGUCUACGAAUCCUUGCGACAACGGCCCAAACUUGCAAAGAGUGUCAGACAGCAAAUUCGGCCUAUUGCUACAAUCAAACGCAUUAUUACAACUGCAUGAAAAAUGAGAUAACGGGAGACUUGGAAGCCUGCGACACGGGACUAGUUUGCAGCAAUAGCCCGGCUGUUUGUGUGACCGCGGCCGAAAUAACAGAUCCAAUUGUGGAUGUAUGUGGAUCCAGUGGCACUGGCAAUUGUGGCAGUUGCAGUGGCACCACCACCACCUUCACCUGUGUCAGCAGUAAUCAAUUUGCACGCUGUGUCAGUGGAGUGGCAUCAGGCGUUUACGAUUGUGGGGCCAAUGAAGUCUGUGUGCUAAGUGCCUUUACGGAUUAUGGUAGCAUUUGUGUACCCAAUUGUACACUAUCCUUUUUGGAUCUAGAGGCCACUUGCAGCAAUGAUGGCAGUGUGAAAACGACCACAGUGGCUCCUUCUACAACAACUGGCGUUUAUACAAAUGUCUGCGAUGAUGCUGCAUCGAGCACUAAAUUGUAUUUCUAUACCAUUAAUACCGAGGAUAGCUCUUGCAGAAGCUACAUUUACUGUCAAAGAGCUAGCACAAGUGCUGCCUUCAAUACGGCUCUUUAUAUCUCGUGUCCGACAGACAAACCGUACUACGAUAAUACCCAGAACGCUUGUGUGACCACCAAGCCAAGUGGUUGCUAA